AUGGAAUGUAAACAUUUUCAACGAAGCAUUGAUAGCAAACAUGAUUUCAAUAAUACAGACAUAGUUAAUUGCGUAUUUCUUGGAGAGCGUAAAGCACCUGUAAAUACAAAUAAAUUUAUAAAGUUUUGGAAAAAUAAAUUCUUCAUAACUGGUAGUGUCAGGUCUUUACAAAGAUACUUUAGCAAUAAAAAUAGUAGUAGCGAAUUUAUUUGCGGUUUUAACAAGACCACAGAUCCAUGUCCAUCUACGGGAAAACGAUUAGAACAUGAUUCUAGUUAUGACAUAAAAAAAGAUAUUUUUGAAAAUCUUACAUUAAAUUGUCAACAUUCUGAGGGCCAUUCGGUUCUUAGAGGACAUCACCAACAUGCAUCUAUGGAGACUUGUGCUAUAUAUUGUCAGUUAUCUAAACAUGGAUGGUACUGGGGUGGUAUAACAGCAAGUGAAGCUGAAGAACUUUUAGCGGGGCAACAUGACAAUGUUUUUCUUGUAAGAGACUCAUGCGAUUCAAGACAUAUACUCUGUGUCUCCUUCCGAUGUGUUGGCCGAACACUUCAUGCUCGUCUUCGGCAUGCCAAUGGACUUUUCUCAUUAAACAAUGAAACAUUUGUACCUGCUAACAGAAUAUCAGAACAUUGUGCUACAGUGGAUGUGAAGUCAAAUUUAUUUGAGAUGCCUGUAAAAUUAGCAAGACCCUUAAACAGAUUUGCAAGACUAGACUCCCUACAAAUGAUAUGCAGAUUUGUUAUACGGCAAACAGUUGCAACAAACGUAUGGCAGAAGUUACCGUUACCACCAAAUCUUAUAUCUUAUGUAUCUUUGGGAAGUGAUUACAUAGUUCCAUUAUAG